GCGCGUCCGCGCAGGUGGAGGCAUGUAGCAGUACCUGAAGGCUCACCGCACGUCGUCGUCGCUUCUUCUUCUUCCUGACGUCGCCCGACCGCGUGGCUGGAGGAAGAAGAAGAGGGGGGAGAGGAGGAGGUGAUCCAGGAGGAAGGAGAAGGAGGGCGAGGAGGGAGUGAGAUACCAGAACGAGUCGAGGAAGCUUCUUCCCUUCCUUCCAUCUUGAGUGAACCAUCCGUUCUUCCGCCGCCAUGGCGAGCGACUCCCCCGCGAGGAGUCUGGACGAAAUCGACCUGUCUGCUCUGCGUGACCCGGCGGGCAUCUUUGAGCUGGUCGAACUGGUUGGCAAUGGCACCUAUGGCCAAGUAUACAAGGGUCGCCACGUCAAGACUGGCCAGCUGGCGGCAAUCAAGGUCAUGGAUGUCACAGGCGAUGAGGAGGAAGAGAUUAAAGCGGAGAUCAACAUGCUGAAGAAGUACAGCCACCACAGGAACAUCGCCACCUACUACGGUGCCUUCAUCAAGAAGAAUCCUCCCGGCAUGGACGACCAGCUGUGGCUGGUGAUGGAGUUCUGCGGCGCCGGCUCGGUGACAGAUCUCAUCAAAAACACCAAAGGCAAUUCCCUGAAGGAGGAGUGGAUCGCUUACGUCUGCAGGGAGAUCCUCAGGGGUCUCACUCACCUCCACCAGCACAAGGUCAUCCACCGUGACAUCAAAGGUCAAAACGUGCUUCUGACGGAGAAUGCCGAAGUCAAACUAGUGGACUUCGGGGUGAGCGCUCAGCUGGAUCGCACGGUGGGCCGCAGGAACACCUUCAUCGGGACGCCGUACUGGAUGGCGCCGGAGGUCAUCGCCUGUGACGAGAACCCCGACGCCACCUACGACUUCAAGAGCGAUCUGUGGUCGCUGGGCAUCACGGCCAUCGAGAUGGCGGAGGGAGCGCCGCCGCUGUGUGACAUGCAUCCCAUGAGAGCGCUCUUCCUCAUCCCCAGAAAUCCUGCCCCCAGACUCAAGUCAAAGAAGUGGUCCAAGAAGUUCCAGUCGUUCAUUGAGAGCUGCCUGGUGAAGAGCCACAGCCAGCGGCCGAGCACGGAGCAGCUUCUCAAGCAUCCCUUCAUCCGCGACCUCCCCAAUGAGCGGCAGGUGCGCAUUCAGCUCAAGGACCACAUCGACCGCACCAAGAAGAGGCGCGGGGAGAGGGAUGAGACGGAGUACGAGUACAGCGGCAGUGAGGAAGAGGAUGAAGAGCGGGACAUCGGCGAGCCCAGUUCCAUCAUCAAUAUUCCUGGGGAGUCGACUCUGAGGCGAGACUUCCUGCGCCUGCAGCUGGCCAACAAGGAGCGCUCGGAGCUGAUUCGCAGGCAGCAGCUGGAGCAACAGCAGAACGAGGAGCACAAGCGCCAGCUGCUGGCUGAGAGGCAGAAACGCAUCGAGGAGCAGAAGGAGCAGAGGAGACGCCUGGAGGAGCAACAACGUCGCGAGCGCGAGAUGCGCAAGCAGCAGGAGCGAGAGCAGAGGAGGCGCUACGAGGAGAUGGAGCAGAUUCGCCGAGAGGAGGAGAGGCGGCACGCCGAGAGAGAGCAGGAGUACAUCCGUAGACAGCUGGAGGAAGAGCAGAGGCAGCUGGAGAUCCUGCAGCAGCAGCUCCUGCAGGAGCAAGCCUUACUGCUGGAGUACAAGCGCAAGCAGAUUGAGGAGCAGCGUCAAGCAGAGCGUCUGCAGAGGCAGCUGCAGCAGGAGCGAGCAUACUUGGUGUCUCUACAGCAACAGCAGCAGCAGGACCCGCAGCAGCGCCCCCUGCAGGACAAAAAGCAGCUCUAUCACUACAAGGACCAGGCGCCAGGAGCAGUCAACGACAAGCCAGCCUGGGCCAAGGAGGUCAUGCGGCGAGCUCAGAGUAACUCCCCUCGCGUCCCUCCCAAGAAGUACCACUCCUUCCGGCACACGCGAGACGCCCACCUGGACCCUCUUCUCUUACUUCCCGGUUACAAGCCUCAGCGCCGUCACCGCCGCCCCCCUUCCUACCCCGCCCAUGUCAGCCCAUCCAGGGAUCACGUCCACAUACCGCGCAUCCGGAUCACCUGCGUCCCCGAACCCGACUCACGAGGCCGCAGUCCCGGCCGCCGGGUGGACAAUCGUUUUGCGGUCAACCGACAGACUUCUCCUGCCUUGCAGCAUAAAGUCUCCAACCGGAUCUCGGACCCGUCGCUGCCCCCUCGUUCCGAGUCCUUCAGCAGCGGGAGCAUCCAGCAGGCCAGGACCCCGCCCAUGCACCGCUCCGUCGAACCACAGAUGGCCCACCUGGUGCAGGUGAAGAGUCCGGGCCUGUCCGGCUCUCAGUCCCUCUACGACCCCCACGGGGUGUCGUCUUCAUCCUCCGCCCUGUCGCCCUCCCCCUCGCGCCCUCCCAUGCCCCGGCAGAACUCGGACCCCACCUCCGACACCCCUCCUCCCCUGCCUCUCGCACGUCUGGCGCCCCCGCUUGACAAGUUGGAUCGCGGCACCUGGCUGCGGCAGGACGACGACAUGCCCCCCAAGGUUCCUCAGAGGACUACAUCAAUCUCUCCCGCCCUGGUCAGAAAGAACUCUCCAGGAAACGGACCUGGACUCGGACCGCGGGCUGGAGCUCACCUCAUACGGGCCAGCAACCCUGACCUGCGGAGGACUGACAUUAGCAUGGAUCCAUCCCUGAAGAGGACGAGCAGUGGUAGCUCCUCCAGCUCCAGCACUCCAAGUUCGCAGGGGGGAUCCAACGAGCGAGCAAACGCAGCCAUGAAACCCGAAGGUCCCGCCGCGGCUUCUGACGACGCAAAAGACGACAGCAGAGACGUGUCCAGACCCAGUCGGCCUGCGAGCUAUAAGAAAGCUCUUGACGAGGACCUGACGGCGUUGGCCAAAGAGUUGCGAGAGCUGCGCCAAGGCGAAGAAACCAGCCGGCCGCCCGUCAAGGUCACCGACUACUCGUCAUCCAGCGAGGAGUCGCACAGCAGCGAAGAUGAGGACGGUGACGGAGAGGGAGGAGCAAACGACGGGACGGUUGCCGUGAGCGACAUACCGCGUAUCAUGCCCGCUGCCAGCCAAGGAGCCAAUGACUCGCAGGGCAUGAUGGGAGGACACAACGACUUACACGGCAACAUGUACGGAAACAACUCUGGGGACAGCACCCUGAUGAUGCGCGAGAGGCGUGGCGAGCGGCGGCGGAGUUCCACCGCCAGCAACGGCGUCUUCGGCAUCGCUAAUUUAUUUGCCGACGCCUCAAAUCUCCCCGAUUUGGUGCAGCAAAGCCCCUCCCCCCAUGUUGCCCCUGGCGACGCUCCCGGGGCACAAUACGGGAUGGGAGGAGGAGGCGGCGGCGGCGGAGGCUCCAAGGCCUCCUUUACGCCAUUUGUGGAUCCCAGGGUGUAUGGGACGUCCCCGACAGAAGAUGAGGACAUCUCUGCUUCAGCGCUGUUUGCCGAUGAGCUACUGAAGCAGGAACAGGCACGGCUCAACGAGGCCCGCAAGAUCUCCGUGGUUAACGUCAACCCCACCAACAUCCGGCCGCACAGCGACACGCCCGAGAUCCGCAAGUACAAGAAGCGCUUCAACUCGGAGAUCCUGUGCGCCGCGCUCUGGGGGGUGAACCUGCUCGUGGGAACCGAGAAUGGCCUGAUGCUGCUGGACCGUAGCGGGCAGGGCAAAGUGUACAACCUCAUCAACCGCAGACGCUUCCAGCAGAUGGAUGUACUGGAAGGCCUCAACGUCCUGGUCACCAUCUCAGGCAAGAAGAACAAGCUACGCGUUUACUACCUGUCCUGGUUAAGGAACCGGAUACUCCACAACGACCCCGAGGUGGAAAAGAAGCAAGGCUGGAUCACCGUGGGAGAUCUGGAGGGCUGCGUGCACUACAAAGUCGUGAAGUAUGAGAGGAUCAAGUUCUUGGUGAUCGCCUUGAAGAACGCUGUGGAGAUCUACGCAUGGGCUCCCAAACCUUACCACAAGUUCAUGGCCUUCAAGUCUUUCACCGAACUGCAGCACCGCCCCCUGCUGGUGGACCUGACUGUGGAGGAGGGGCAGAGGUUAAAGGUCAUCUACGGCUCCAACGCGGGCUUCCACGUGGUGGAUGUGGACUCUGGCAACCCCUACGAUAUCUACAUACCCUCGCAUAUUCAAGGUCAGGUGACGCCGCACGCCAUCGUGGUGCUGCCCAAGACGGACGGCAUGGAGAUGCUGCUGUGCUACGAGGACGAGGGCGUCUACGUCAACACCUACGGCCGCAUCACCAAAGAUGUGGUGCUGCAAUGGGGGGAGAUGCCCACCUCGGUUGCCUACAUCCACUCCAACCAGAUCAUGGGCUGGGGGGAGAAGGCCAUUGAAAUCCGCUCGGUGGAGACGGGACACCUGGACGGGGUCUUCAUGCACAAGCGAGCGCAGCGCUUGAAGUUUUUGUCCGAGAGGAACGACAAGGUGUUCUUUGCAUCGGUGCGUUCGGGAGGCAGCAGCCAAGUGUUCUUCAUGACCCUCAACAGAAGCUCCAUGAUGAACUGGUAACCCCAACUCCACGAGCAACCUGGCGCCGUCCUCCCGGGGGAAGGGGGGUUUAAGGAUGGACCCUUCAGGGUCCAGCAGAGCUCUGCGAUGCCUUUGUGGCGCUCGCUCCUUGAGAGGUGGCCCGACGUGAGGCCGAGUAGCCCCUUGGCUCUCCCCGUGCGGCCGAGCGGGCAUCUGCGGACGGUUUGUAGCACAUCACUUCCUUCGUUGCAAGACCACUUCCUCCUUUGGAUCUGCUUCAAUCCAGCGACGUCUUUUCACGCCCGCCCACUCGUAUCGCGCCAGGAACCAAAAUGAAACAUUUUUUACUCCCAAAUGGACACUUGGUCUGCCUGUUUUCAAAAUAAGUUUGUGUCCAAUACUGGCUCAUAAAUGUGAGCCCUGUGGAAACUUUGUAGUUAAAAAAAAAAUUAAAUAACAUUUUGCUGACGGGAAAUGAGGAAAAAGAUUUUGAUUUAGGAAGAAAUAAUGUGAUCAUUCCUUUUUUGGGGGGAGUUCAGGUCCACUUUGGCAGAACUGAUUAGUACAAAGAGGUAAUUUAAUAGAAAGAUUUUGUUGUCAUACGCAAAAUACACCUCCAUUCAUAAAUUCCUGCAAAUUUGCAACCGUAGUCAUGAGUUAACUUUUCUUUGACUUUUGUUUUUGCAGUACAAUCCACAUUGAGUUGUUUUUUUUU